AUGGAGACCGUCGCUACAAUGUCCCCAGACCGCCAGGCCGCUAUCGCAAGUGAAAUCGAGUUCAUGAAGCAGCCAGCCAACCGUCUGAAGGAUUUGCUCGAUCUCGAGGCCUCUAGGGAUAAUGAUUCGUCUGGCGAUGAUGACCCAUCCGGCAGGUUCUAUCUGAUGAUGAGUCGCCUCCAAACAAUGGUGUUUGGCAGUCCAUAUGCGACUUUUUUUGCGAACGUCUGCGGAGGCAUUAAAAGCACAUUUCGGGACAGUUUCAACUGGGCCAUAUCUCAGCUUGUCAACAAUUGCGAGGCGUUGGGUGAUUGUGUGCAUUACAUCGAGGAGUUAAUGAGAGACCUGAUCUUCAUACUCCAGCAAUUAUUCAAGAGGGAAGGCUACUCUAUGGUCUGCUUUCUGGUCGACCAUGACCCAUAA